CAAGAGUCAAAUGCCCCUCCAAAAUCGAGAAGAGUGGGGGAAAAAAGGAGAGCAAGAACAUCUUCACCGAAGAGCAAGUUUGAGAGCAGACACUGUGGAAUCAAUUUUUCACCAUGAACCUGGUAGCAGAUCUUCUCUGCUUGUUGGUGUGCCUCACUGCAGUGACUUCUGAUCGAGUCUAUGUCCACCCUUUCAAUUUGUUUUCUUUCAACAAGAGUACCUGUGAGGAGAUGGAAAGUCUUGUCCAGGAGGGAAAGAAAACUUUUCUCCCUAUCUCCAUUGAGUCCCACACCACACCUGCCUAUGAAGAUGACCUGAAUGACAAGGACAAGCUGGAAGCCCCAAGCCUGAAUGCCCGGAGGAGGCAGCAACUGAGCUAUGUGAAGGACUUUCUGUAUGUGCUGGGCACAAGGUUUUACAGCGUGCUGCGGGAAGCACGCCGGGGCCAAAACUUGCUCCUGUCUCCAACCAGUCUUUAUGGCACCUUGGUAUCCUUCUACUUGGGUGCCUCAAACCAGACAGCUGCUGAUUUGCAAGGUUUGCUGGGAUUUGUUCCCCCAUCUGGAGACCCUGACUGCACCUCCAGAGUGGAUGGACAUAAAGUCCUAUCCAGCCUGAGGAUAAUUGAAAACCUUGUGAAGAGCGGGGAUGAGGAGCUGCUCUUUGCCAAGAUGCUCUGCCUGUUCUCUGCCCCUGGCGUAGCUCUAUCCCAGCUCUUCAUACAGGACUUGCUCCCCUCUGCUGAUGCUCUCUAUGCUCGAGCCGUUGACUUUACAAACCCCAGCGAGGCAGCAAAGCAAAUAAAUGCUUUUGUGGAGGCCAAAAGCGAGGGCCAGAGCAAGUGCUUACUGGCAGACAUUGAUCCAUCAGCUGACCUGCUGUUUGCAGUGGACGUCCGCUUGGCAGUGAAUGCUAAGCAAGUCUCCCAGCUCAGAGAGCCUCAGGAGUUCUGGGUGGAUCCAAACAUGAAGGUCUUGGUCCCUAUGUUGUCAGUCACGGGGACAUUCAAGUACAAAACUGAUGCCAGUGGGACUUUUUCCGUGGUGGAAGUCCCUAUCAGCAAGACCAUGCUGCUGGUGCUGCUGCAGCCCAUCAAUGGCAGCGACCUGGAGCAUGUGGAGUCCCAGCUGUCGUUGCAGUCCUCAGCCUGGCUUCAGGAGCUGUCCCCAAGAGAAAUCAAAUUAACACUGCCAAAGUUAACAGUAGAAGACAGAUCUGAUCUACAGGAGCUUCUUUCAGAUAUGGAACUGCCAGCACUGCUGGGGAAGGGGGCAGAUCUCAGUAAAAUAAGUGACUCCAAUUUAACAGUUGGAAAGGUAAUAAAUAAAGCCUUUUUCAAGCUGAGCGGUGAUGGAACGGACCAGCUGGAAGACCCUGCAGCCCAGAAGCAAGAUGCAGCGUUCCUGGAUAUAAGAGUGAACAAACCAUUCCUUUUAGCUGUUUUUGAAGAGAAAUCAAGGGCAAUGCUUUUCCUUGGCAGAGUAACAAACCCUCUGCCUGGGAUUUAAAUGCAAACCCAGGGGAUGGGGAGGGAGGACAAUGAUACAUAUUUCCCAUCAGCUUUUUCUUAUUCAUUGGCUGUUUUUAUGGUCUUGUGGAGUGCUCUGCUUAGCUUCGAGAGGAAGCACAGAGUAGUGUUUGAAACAUAAAGGUUUUGAGGCUAAAAUACUACAACACUUCAUCCUUGUUCUUCUUUUUACUUGAGCUGACUCAAGCUUCUCUUCCUCUUCUCUGCCUCCCUUCUGCUCUCAGCUCAUUUUCAGCAUAGUAAGAACAAAGCAUAAGCAGCAUUUACUAUAAGAAGGAGCCAAAAAUUACAUCUUCAUUCUUAAAGGAGCUACAUUUAAAUUAUUAGUUUGGUCAGUUUUGCAAGGCAGGCUCCUCACUUUUACAUUACAGUGAAUGUUUUACAGAUACUCACAGAGAUCAAACUUUGUCAGCAAGAUUUUCCUUUUAAAUGCUGUCAACAGCAUAGGCAGGCUUUGCUUGUCCUGGUGAGGCAAGAUUUUUUGUCUUGAAAGGAAAAACACGAUAGAGGGAAUUUUUUUCUGCAGCUCAGAUUAAGGGUCCCAGAGCACUGGAACAGGCUCCCCAGAGAGGUUGUGGAGUUUCCUUCUCUGGAGACUUUUAAGGCCUGUCUGGAUGUGUUCCUCUGUGAUCUGUGCUAGAUUGUGUGGUCCUGCUCUGGCAGGGGGGUUGGACUCCAUCAUCUCCUUAGGUCCCUUCCAACCCCUAAUAUCCUGUGAUAUGUUAAUUCCUUAACUUGAUGGGACAGCUAAAAAUAUGAUUCAGUAACAUCAAUGAACCAUGAUGAAUAAAUCCUCACAACCUGACAGCAUUACAUCAGAUAUGCUGUAAUUAAAAAAGGUCUAUUAUUCCAACCCAGUUCCAUUCCUUGGAUUACUUUUCAACCCAAGAAGUCAUUAUUACAGCUUUAUAGUGACAAUUCCCCGCCCCCACCCCCGCAGAAAAAAACCAACCCAAAUCUCAAACACAUUACUGCUUACAGCCCUGAUCUGUAAACUUAAACAUAUCUAAAACAUAUGUUCUUAAAAAAAUAGUAUCAAUGGAGAUAUCUAUACUAAUAUAAACAGUGGAUGUGUUGCUACACGUGAAAGGUUUCAGUGGUCCAGUCCAACCCUUAGCAGAGUUAUAAAGGUUUGAAACAGAGGAAUAGAUUAUGAGAUAGCUCUUGAAUUUGGAAGUGAGGAAUUGGGAGUGAAAUAUUGGUACUAAGGAAAACCUCUCAGUGGAACAAGGAUUUUCACCUCUCAUCCUUAGAUUCAUCUUUAGCAAGGGUGGCAUUUAGAAGAUAACUACAUAUCUCUUUGGUAUAUGAUAGCAGAUGUAUCCUACAGGGCAUGCUAACUCAUUGCCACCCACAGGGGCCCAAAUGUCUGCCUAAUCCAUAACCCCUAAUGCCAGCAGCCUGCUAGUAAUGAUGUAGAUACAUGACAGAUCCUUUUAGCUUAAUGGAAAACACUAAUAAAGAACACAAGUCUUGAGAAUAGUGGGAUUUCAAGUGCUAUAAUAGACCACCCAUGGAUUGAUGUGACACUACUGUAUGUAUUCCAGAUGCUCUGUACUUGUGUUAUACACAGAAGCAAUUACAAAUAAACAUGCAGAGAUGGAAGCAUUUAAAUAAAAGUAUCUUCCAAACUGCUUUGCAAUGGUUCAA